AUGCUGUCUUUAGAUUUCCUUGACGAUGUCCGUCGCAUGAAUAAGCGUCAGCUCUAUUACCAGGUGUUGAACUUUGGGAUGAUAGUUUCUUCUGCUUUGAUGAUCUGGAAAGGCUUAAUGGUCGUAACUGGGAGCGAAAGCCCAAUUGUAGUCGUUCUCAGCGGGAGCAUGGAGCCAGCGUUCCACAGAGGGGACCUACUUUUCUUGACCAACCGAGUAGAGGACCCCAUCAGAGUUGGAGAAAUUGUCGUCUUCAGGAUAGAGGGCAGAGAGAUUCCAAUAGUACACAGGGUACUAAAGAUCCAUGAAAAGGAAAAUGGAGACAUUAAAUUCCUGACUAAAGGAGACAACAAUGCAGUUGACGACAGAGGAUUGUAUAAGCAGGGACAACACUGGCUGGAGAAAAAAGAUGUGGUUGGUCGAGCUAGGGGGUUUGUGCCUUACAUUGGAAUUGUCACCAUUCUCAUGAACGACUACCCAAAGUUUAAAUACGCCGUUCUCUUCAUGCUGGGACUGUUUGUGUUGGUUCAUCGAGAAUGA